UGGCUUUCAAAGAAGACAACCAGGAUAAAAUCUUUUACGUUAAAAGUCUGUGGAGAAUUGAUCCACUGAAGGACUUGUCGUUACCAGAUGAUAAGGUUAUUUUUGAAUUGGAAGUGACUGAUUGCAAGAUGUUUUGGACGCGAAGUGUGACAGUCGCAGACCUGAAACGCAUUAAGCCGGCUAAUAUUCAUGACAUCUCGAAAUAUUGUGGAGCAACGCAAGCGGCACUGUCGGGACAUGAUGAGUACGAAAACCACAAGUUAACGUGUAGAAUUACAACCGCGGAAAAUUACGUCCGGGUUGCCGGUUCAGCGUUGGAAACGCGUGUCUCGGAUUUAGAAAAUGUACGCGAUCAGAUGCAGGAAAGGAUUGAACUCAUGAUUGCAGAAAAAAUUAAUCAUGAAUCAAUAUUAAUGGAAAAGUUUAAGAAAGUCCUCAAUGCAAAGAAAAAGAAAAUCAAAAAUCUGAUGAGGGCACUUAAUGCGACUGGUAAAUUGAUAUUUUACAUUCGCAUGUUUGCUUCGGGUUCCGCGCUAAUGAUAUUUCGUCUAGGCGCGAUCAUUUCAAGCCAACCGGAGCAAUCACAAACGUUAUCAGAGGAAGAGGAACUAACGGAGGAGAAUGAUGAAAUGAUGAUCAAUUCGUCAACAAGUCGUAGAUCAACAAAUGUACCCCAUGGACAUCGGGUCAAUCAAAAGCCCACCACCAGGUCUUCUACCAGGGACUUUAAGAAGUUGAAAUUGGAUGAUGAUGACGCGGCUAAGAAUAAUAAGAGCAUGGAAGUUGCCAACAAACAGCAGAAUGCGGAAUCAGUGUUAACCAAAACCUUUCGUGGUCAAAUAAUGAAGUCCAGAAGGAUGGGCCGGAAAAAGGUUGCUACCACCGCCACCAGUAAUGAUGCAAUAAAUUCACUCAAUGACAUUCUAGUUACCGCCAACAAUCCAAACGCUAAUGCGCUUGAGGACAAUUCUCAAGAAGCCAGCGAUCAGGAUAACACAGUCGAUAAUUUAUUAGGGGACAUGUGA